AUGAUGUACGGUCCUACUGGUUCAGGCAAGAGUCGCACCAUGUUUGGGUGUUGCAAGCAACCUGGGAUUGUGUACAGGUCGCUGAAAGACAUUCUUGGCGAUGUUGGAGAAGAUGAUUGUGCGGGUUGUAUGGCUGGGGCCUUUGUGCAGGUCACUGUUUUGGAGAUAUAUAAUGAGGAGAUUUAUGAUUUGUUGUCAAGCAGUGGUGGCGGAGGAUUCGGAUUUGGAUGGUCAAAGGGCAACGGCUCCAAUUCUAAGGUUAGGCUUGAAGUGAUGGGAAAGAAGGCAAAGAAUGCAACCUACAUUUCUGGAAAUGAGGCUGGCAAAAUUUCCAAAGAGAUUCAGAAAGUGGAGAAGAGAAGGGUUGUUAAUAGUACUCUUUGCAAUGAAAGAAGUUCUCGGAGCCAUUGCAUGAUAAUCCUUGAUGUCCCAACAGUAGGAGGACGCUUGAUGCUUGUGGACAUGGCUGGCUCUGAAAAUUUUGAGCAAGCUGGCCAAAUUGGAUUUGAGGCAAAUAUGCAGCUAUGUCUUCCUUACAAUUCUUUGAUAAUGGCUCCUUUAUGGAAGACGGUUACCUAA